CGGCGGCCGGCCCGGCUCAGCGUGCGCGGCCCGCUCACACUGCGAUUCCGCACCGACUUCUCCAUCGUCGGCGCCGGCUGGCACGCCCAGUACACCGUGUCAGCCUGUGGUGGUCAGAUUACUGAGCCAGGCAUCAUACAGUCACCCAGUCAUCCGACGGAGUACCACCGCAGCGCCAACUGUACGUGGUCCGUCACGGCGCCAGCUGGGCAGGUGGUGCUCGUGCGGUUUGUCUACAUGGACCUAGAGGGUGGCACGGGUUGUCCAUAUGACUCGGUGAGCGUCUUUGACGACCGGUGGACCAACCCGGAGGAGCAGGUGGACAAGUUCUGCGGGAACAUGACCACGAGCCCGCCUCACUCGGUCACCACUUCAAACCAGGCUACAAUCCAGUUCGUCACAGACAGUUCCGUGCAGCGUACAGGCUUCAAGGCGGCAGUGCUGUUCUCCGUCGGUCCGAACCAGGGCUGCGGCGGCGAGCUGACCGUCUCCGGCUCGGGGCAGCAGACGCUGCGUUCGCCCGACACCGACGGCGACGGCGGCUACGAGGACGACCUAGACUGUCGCUGGCUGCUGCGCGGCGACGAGGGCCGCGUGCUGCGCUUCACCGUCCACCAGCCGUUUAACGUCGAGGUCAACGGCUCCAGCUCGGCCGCCUGCCCCUAUGACUACCUGGAGGUACGUGACGGCCUGAGUCCGGCGGCACCGCUGGUGGACCGCUACUGCGGUACACAGCUGCCGCCGGCCAUCACUGCCUCCUCCAGCCGGCUGUACGUGCGCUUCUACUCAGACAGGGAGAUCCAUCGUUCCGGAUUCACAGCCACCGUCACGAACGUCGACUCUGUGUGCGGCCGGACCACCCUGGCGGCUACCGAGACGGUGCAGAUCCUUCAGAGCCCCGGCCACCCCGCCCAGUACCCGGCCAACCUACUCUGCGUCUGGACCAUCGCGGCCACCCGGUACCAGACGGUCCAGCUGCACUUGACGGCGUUGCAGAUCGCCGGCGGGCCCGGCUGCGCCCGGGACCGGCUCACGGUGGAGAGGAUCGAUCAGCACCCCGCCCAGUACCGCCAAGACGGGACAUACUCGCACUAUUGGGGCUGGGUGGGGGACACCUACUGCGGCACCACCGUACCGGCCACCAUCUACUCUCCCGGCGGCAGCGUGCGCGUCCAGUUCACCUCGGACAGCACCGACCAGAUGACCGGCUUCCGGCUGGAGUACUCGCUUGCACCAUGUAACCGGACAUACACGGCUGCGUACGGCACCAUCGGCUCAGCCUGGGAGAGCACGGGCACCAGCUCGCGCACCUGUCACAUGCUCAUCCAGGCGCCGGAGGGCAGCGUCAUCACCGCCAACCUCUUCAGGAUCGAGACGACCUACUCGAACGCCGCCAACAGCUGCGACCGGCUGCACCUGCAGCUGCUAGAUGGAAACUCAAGAAGUUCGCCCCAGCUGAACCAGGCUUGCGAGAGCCUGUAUACACCAAUCAGCGUUGUGUCUUCGGGCAACCACCUGCUGCUUCGCGUGACAGCAUCGCAAACAUACAAAUUAUUCGCGAACUACUUUGUUUCUGACGUUGGAGCCCAGUGUGGCGGCAACGUUCCACGGCAUGUUCACGACAGUGAUCAGCCCAGGCUACCCGGGCAACUACUCCAGGGAGUCGGUGUGGCCGGUGGUCUCUCUCCGUGCCGCCGCCAUACAAGCUCGGGCUGUACUUCUCAGGCGCCGUGGACUUUGGCUCGAGAGUGGGCGGCUGCAACUCGACCUACCUGUCCGUGUUCUCGGUGGGCUCGUCUGGAGAGA